UCACGUGACAAAAGAACGAACGAUUCGGAGUUGAGGAGUCGAGAGAUAAACGACUCGAUACUUUUCCAGAGAUUUUUCGAUGCUUUUUUUUUGCCGUCGAGGUUACUAUAGCAACGACCCAAACAGAAACGUUUAAGAUCGCGUGUGACUCUCUACACCCUUAAACACGUUGCAAGACGAAUUUACACCACGUUUAUUUCUACCGCUGCAGAAGGAAUUGAUGUGUAUUUACUCUCAAACAGAUCAUAAUCACUCACCUGGAUACAGUAUUUUAGUUAAUCUCUGCCAUGCCCGAGGACUGGCGUCCGGGUCUGACGUUUCACGUCCUUCCCUGGAAUCCUGUAGUUGUUGCAGCUGUGGUGGGAGUUCUCACCCUGCUGGUGUUCCUGUGGAGGACUGUUCUUCCUGUCAAGAGAAGGAGGUCUCUCAUGACAGAGAAACAGCUCAUCAGUGAGAAGUCGGAAGUGCUUCAAAAAGUCAGCGAACUCAACAAAACGAUCAAACAACACGAGGAAAAGCUGAGCAAUUCUGAAGAAUCCCGAAGUUCUCAGCAGGAGGAGUUUCUCAAACUCAUGGCAAGUGUCUGAAAA